CCACAAUUGAUCAUCAUUCACAUUCAGAUAGGUCUGCGAUCAACACACAUACAAUGAAAGUAAUAUUGUUUUCUGCAACGUGCGCAUUUGCGCUGUGCACUUACGCCUUGGCCGUUGAACAACCUGCUAAAAAUACAAAAUCAGACGAAUCCCAAUCCAAGAGAAGCGUAUCCGAAUUUAACUACGGAUUCGGUGGCUCUGAAAUCGCGAGCGGUGGCUACGGGCACGGUGACUUCAGUGCCGGACACGGGGACUUCAAUGCCGGAUUCAGUGGCUUCAGUGCUGGACACGGUGACUUCAGUGCUGGACACGGUGACUUUAGUACCGGACACAGUGACUUCAAUGCCGGCCAAGCUGAUUUCGGUGGAGAAUACGCGUACGGAGGCCACCAACAAUCGUCGUACCAACAUCACGUACCCGUCAAGACCAUAACCAAAAAUGUGCCACAGCCAUACCCCGUGGAAGUAGCCAAACCAUACCCUUACCCAGUGAAGGUGGCCGUUCCCGUUGACAGGCCGUACACCGUGGAAGUGCCCAAGCCAUACGCCGUGCACGUGGAAAAACCAUACCCCGUCAAAGUUCCAGUGCCCCAUCCAUACCCCGUUGUCAAAGAAGUUCAUGUACCGUACAAGGUGCCCGUAGAUCGCCCAUAUCCAGUUCACGUGGACAAACCAUACCCCGUGUACGUCGAGAAGCGUGUGCCGUACCCAGUAGAGAAGGCUGUCCACGUACCAGUUAAAGUACCGGUCGACCGCCCUUACCCGGUGCACGUACCAGUCGAGAAGAUCGUACCGUAUCCUGUUGAAAAGCCAUACCCAGUCAAAGUGGCCGUUCCCGUCGACAAGCCGUACACCGUGGAAGUGCCCAAGCCAUACGCCGUGCACGUGGAAAAACCAUACCCCGUCAAAGUUCCAGUGCCCCAUCCAUACCCCGUUGUCAAAGAAGUUCAUGUACCGUACAAGGUGCCCGUAGAUCGCCCAUAUCCAGUUCACGUGGACAAUCCAUACCCCGUGUACGUCGAGAAGCGUGUGCCGUACCCAGUCGAGAAGGCUGUCCACUACCCGGUCAAGGUGCCAGUUGACCGUCCCUACCCAGUGCACGUACCAGUCGAAAAGAUCGUACCGUACCCGGUCGAGAAGCCCGUCCACUACCCGGUCAAGGUUCCCGUCGAACGCCCAUACCCCGUUCCAGUGGUGAAGAGUAUCCCAUAUCCGGUCGAGAAGCCAGUGCCAUAUCCAGUGGUCAAGGAAAUCCCGUAUCCAGUCAAAGUUCCCGUCAAAUACGAAGUAAAAGUACCGUACCCAGUCAAGACUCACCAGCCAGAACACCAUUACGAACACCACCAGGAACACCACGGAGAACACGAUUACCAUCAUGGUAGCAGCGGAUAUUAAUUCAACUCAAGUCUCAUUCUAGUCACAUCCGAGCCCAAAGUUACCGGUUUACGUAUGUUAUGUGUACAAGUAUGGUACCUAUGUCAUACUUAUACGAUGUAAUUAUGUAAAGAUUUGUAUUUAAUAUGUUUAUUUUACUGUAUCUUGUAAUCGAAGCGUGUGAGAAUAAUAUUUUGAAUAUUUUCUUUUUUAAAAGUGAAAAGAUCUCGAAAGUUGUGUCGCCGCAAUAAUAUUAUACCAAACCUGGUGUUUAA